GUCUGGACGACUGCCUCCAGCAGUACGUGAAGAGCUUUGAGCGGGAGCAGAUAGGAGGAGAGCAGCUGUUGCACAUCACCCACCAGGAGCUGGAAGAGCUCGGUGUCACCAGAAUAGGACACCAGGAGCUCAUCCUGGAAGCCGUGGACCUGCUUUGCGCCCUGAACUAUGGUUUGGAAACAGAGAACCUCAGAACACUGUCCCACAAGCUAAACGCUUCAGCAAAGAACCUCCAGAACUUCAUCCUGGGCCGACGGAGGGGUGGUCAUUAUGACGGACGAGCCUCCAGACGGUUGCCUAACGAUUUCCUUACCUCAGUGGUGGAUUUAAUUGGUGCUGCCAAGAACCUCCUGGCCUGGCUUGACAGGUCUCCAUUCGCCAGUGUGACUGAGUACUCGCUGCUGAAGAACAACAUCGUGCAGCUGUGCUUAGAGCUGACCACCAUUGUACAACAGGACUGCACUGUGUAUGAAACAGAGAAUAAGAUCCUUCAUGUGUGUAAAACCCUAGCAGGGAUUUGUGACCACAUCAUCUCUCUGUCGUCGGACUCUCUGGUCUCUCAGUCUGCACAUUUGGAGGUGGUCCACCUUACCAGCAUCAUGCCCAGCGAAGGCCUGGGGAUGUAUAUCAAGUCAACAUACGAUGGACUACAUGUCAUCACUGGAACCACAGAGAAUUCGCCUGCAGAUCAGUGUAAGAAGAUCCACGCCGGAGACGAGGUGAUCCAAGUCAACCACCAGACAGUGGUGGGAUGGCAGCUGAAGAACCUGGUGAACGCUCUGAGGGAAGACCCGUGCGGAGUCAUUCUCACGCUGAAGAAAAGGCCCCAGAACACCCUGAGCUCCACUCCAGCUCUGCUCAGGAACGUGCGCUGGAAACCGCUGGGCCUGCAGCCCAUCCCCACCAGCCCCACCAGCACGUCCCCCACACCCGGAGGAACUCUGGGCAUGUCCAAAAUGGACGCCCCCAGCAUGCAGGACGUCUACAUCCUCUCUCCCGUCUCCGGACUCUACAGCACCAGGGAGGAGAUGGGCCUCAUGUCGUGCGAUGACAUCGGCCGCUACAGCGUGGGCUCCCAGUCCGGGUCCAAGGGUUCAGAGGCCAUCAGCUACUACCUGGACCAGGACAGCGGCCAGUACUUCUCUCUGCUGGAGGGGGACGGACCGUCUGGGCCAGACUACGACCGGGGCCGCAACACGGGCGUGCGGCGGCGGGACAAAACCCCAACGCAUGGUGAUCUCAGACCUGUUUCCAUGCCUCCUGAAUAUAACUGGAUGGCCGAACCCAAGGAACCCAGCAUGAGCAAGAGAGGGAGCAGAGAUUCGGACAACUCUUUACUGCGGUAUCUCAGCGAUGACAAGAUCCUGGUGAUCGAGGAGGAGCCGGAGGGUCCGGGCAGGGAGAGCCGGCGGGAUUCCACCAGACGCUCCCGCCGCAAGAGCCGCAAUCCCAGCAGCCCGAGCUUUCCAAUCAGCCCAUCUAUGCUUUCCUCCACCCUACGACUUGACCAACCACCUGAACCGCUGCCUCGAUGUGCAGACACAUUGCGAGCUGACACAACAGACAGGUACUCUGGCACCGGGAGCUCAGGAGCUGCCUCCAUGAGGAAGUCUUUCCAUUACACAUCUUUAAGAACGAAAACCAAAAAAAGAAGUAAAGGUUCCCUCACCAGUGCCAGUCGAAGGAGAAUCUCCUGUAAGGACUUGGGCCACGGCGACUGCGAGGGCUGGCUGUGGAAGAAGAAAGACGCUAAAGGCUAUUUCACCCAAAAAUGGAGGAAGUACUGGUUUAUCCUCAAGGAGUCUUGCCUUUACUGGUACACCAACCAAAACGAUGAGAAGGCUGAGGGCUUCAUCAGCCUCCCCGAGUUCAGAAUAGACCGAGCCAUAGAGUGCAGGCGGAAAUUCGCCUUCAAAGCCUGUCAUCCCAAAAUCAAGAGCUUCUUCUUCGCCACAGAUUGUCUUGAGGAGAUGAACAGGUGGAUGAACCGGCUGGGAUUAGCUGCUAUUGGCUACACGCCGGACGAUAAGGUGCCACGCCCCGAUGAAGACUACUGGAGUGAGAGCGAUCAAGACGAGGUUGAUGGAUCGAUGACACUCAAACAGGAGGGGCCUUCUUCCCUCUGUGAUACUUACCACCGCACACCAUCUUCCAACCUCCUGCACAGCUACGACCAGCUGCCCCGCUCAUUGAGCUCCGUCAGCCUCAUGCGCUCCACUGCAUCCCCGCUCCCGAAAAGUGCCUCCACCUCCCCGAUUCCUCCACAGAUGGUCUCUUCCACCUCCCCUCUCCCUCUCCAGGUUAACUCUUCCAGCCCUUUCCCGGAGUCCAAGCACGGUCGGCAUUUCUCCAGCGAGUCCACGCACUCCCACUCCUCGGCCGAGGACCAGCGUGGAGAUGGCAUGGGCAUGGGCACGGGCAGCACCAGCACCCACUCGUCCAGCUGCCGCUCCUCCCACCGCGAGCGCCGCUCUUGGCAGGACCUCAUCGAAACCCCGCUGACCAGCGCGGGUCUGCACUUCCUGCAGACGGCGCCGGGGGAGAGUGACUACGGAGGCCUGAUGGGGGGCAUGGCCGGGGAGAUGGGGUACUACGGAGGCCUGGGCCGGCAGGGAAUGUCCCCGGAGAGGCGCCGGCAAGCAACGCUGCCCGUGCGGAGGCACCACGCGGCAGAGAGGGACAGGGAGCGCGACGGGCCCUUCCCUCUGGAGCGAGGGCCGUACACACACAGCCACACGCACCGACGCGCCCACAAGCAGCGGAGCCAGAGUCUACCGAGGAACAGGGAUCCGAUCCUGGGGAAGCUGUUACACAGCGCAGCUCACAUGGAGGAGAGGAGCGAAGAUGAGGAGGCAGAGGGGUCAGCGGCAGACAUGCUGGAGGCAGAGGAUGACCUGCGGGAUUUCAGGAUGGACAGCAGAGAGAGGAGGGUGUCGGAGGGAAGGGAACGACGGGUUUCAGAAGGACGUGAGCCCGAACACCUGGACGGGCUGGAGCAGCUUUACCGGGCUCUCGAGCAGGCCAACGUGACACCCCUGGGAGACCCCAAACCCUGCAGCAAACAGGAGCUUCGACGCUGUUUCACCCAGAGAGUCAGGGACCCCCUGCUCAACGAUCGACUGCACCGGGUCCGAGCCCUCCGCAGCACGUUGAAGGCCAAAGAGUCUGAGCUGGCAGUGAUCUGCACCCUCCUCGAGGACCCCAGCCUGUGCUCCCAGACCUUCAGAGAGUGGAAGCAGUGGCACGGCGAGCUCUACGCGGACAUCUGCCAGCUCAGCCCCGGCACCAACGGCCAGGACGAGCUCUCCCCGAUGGGGGCGCCUCUCAUGACCCACACACACUCCUUCAUCGAGACACACGUGUGAGGCCGAGGGCGACACACACACACACACACCCGCACCCACUCUUAGCCACUCACGCGGCGCUGAUCGGGCCGAGAGUUUCCCAUUCGCCGACCACGACUCCGAGCACGCUCUCUCACGCGAAGGCAGGGACAGACAUUGUAAGAUGUGUAAAUAUCACAGAGGGGAACGGUCUGAGAGGAGCGUGGAUGGACUUUUGAUAAUCAUGAGGACCCUCCCCCACACAGGGUGCCUAUUGCAUGCCUGAACAGAAAGCAUUACUCUUCCUUUGUCUAUGGAACUCACACAAAGUCCACGUGCUUGUCGAGCAAAACAGGAAAAAAAAAAAGGAGACUUUGAGCCCAUGUUUGUUUCUUUGUUUUCUGUUACUUCUUGUUGACGUCAGGAGACAGGGGGGAGCUAUGUAGCAGCAAUACAGAGGAGAAACCUUUUCACCACAGCACUGUACUUUUCUACUGAUGAACUUUGCACCCAGAGCCACCAGUUCUCCCCCUUUCUCUAAAUGUUCUUUUCUUCUCAUGGCAUAUCUCGUUUUAUUUACAGGGAAAUCACUGUUAUUUCGGGCCGAUCUCUUGGGGAAAUGCGAGAGCGGAAGCUUUGGUGUCCAGACAGACCGUGAGAGGUAGCCGUCGCUUUUUAGCCGUUUCUCUGGGAACUCGUGAAAUUAAGCAUCGAGCAACAACUGUGCCAGCCACAGCCACACUCCUUUAAACUGUGAAGUGUUCAGACGUCCUGCAGAAGGAAGCUCCUCUGUUUUGAAUGCAAUCCCCUCCGCACCCUUCCGAUUUCUUUUCCCUCUCCCAGUAUAGUUCCCAAAGACUUGUGUAAAUGUGUAUACUGCUGUGUAUACUGAUGUAAAUGUUUGAGUUCCACUACCACUGUGAUACGCUUUCUAGAGGUAGCGGAGAGAAGAUGGCGUGUUUCUCUUAGUGUGGGUGCAAGGCUAUUUUGUUUCUUUGGGUGGGGGGGGGGGGGGGUUCCCACUUAAUGCAAGAGCAAAGGAGAUCUCUUUUCAAAGAAGUCACUCACUACAAAGAAUGCACUUUCUAUAUCUCCGUAUCUCAUCGGCUGCAUCUCACAGGGUCUCCGUCUCAUCGGCCUCCCUCCCAUUGCUGUUCAGAUAUCAGGUAAAUGCAUUUGCCGUCUCAUUUUCUAAAGAUUUGUGUACAGUCUACAGAUAUAUUUAAACAUAGGAGAAUAUAUAAAUCUAUUUACAUUUUGUGUCAUAGAUAUAAUGUAAACUAAGAUGUAUUCUAUGCCAAGGUUUUUGCAGUGCCCCUGCCCCCGCCCCCGCCCAUUCCCCCUCUUGACACUGUAGAUGCAGGUUGCUCGGCAGCGGUUUCACUUGUUCCAGUCACAGCUAAUCCUUCUCGUGGCGAUGGAUGUCGUGAGGAAAGAUCUUGGACUGGUUAGAAUGGACAGGGUAAAAUACUGUGGAUUAAUUUCUUUUCCUUUUAGUUGUUAGUCUUGUAGCGCAUGAUACAUGCAAAAACGUCCUUAAGGAGUUUUUUUUAUAACAUAUAUUUUAACUUUUUUAAAGUCUUCUUUUUUUCAUUGCAAAGAGUUUAAAGACACAGACUGUACCACAACUGAGAGUGAUUUUUUUUUUUUUUGUUAAUUCAGCAGUUAAACUGAACGUUUCAGCUUGUUGUUUUUGUAUUUUUUCUUUGGUUCGUGUAUAGUGUCUUCUGAAAGUAUUCACACCCCUUAAACGUAUUCACAUUAACACCACAAACUUUAAUGCAUUAUAUUAGGAUUUUAUGUGAC